AUUUCUUUUUUAAUCAUUGGAACAUACUUAAUACAAAAACAAUUCUUAUCAGUAUUAAAAAAGUAAUAAAAAAUUAUUUAGGUGUAUUUGCUUAAUUUCAUUUUGUAAUAAGACGUUAUUUUAUUUCAAAAAACAAGUUUUAUAUAAUGUCCGAAUAUUUCACAAUAUUAUAAUUCUUUUUGUUUUUUUAAUUUUCAAGUAAAUAUUGAUAUAUAGUUGUUAUAAUUUUCCUCAUAGUUUGCAUAAUCAAUGUGAUAUACAGAAAAUUCGAUUUUUUCUUAGCUAUGUAUAUAUUCUUGUGAGAUUAUUUUCUGUUUCCAGUAUUAAAUGUGAAAGUGAAGCAAAAUAAAGAAUCGGAAAAAAUUUUUUAUUUAAUUGUAAUUUGAAAUAAAUAAGCAAUUGUUUAAUAUUUAAUCUUUCCUAUACGUACAAUGAGUUAUGGUUCAUGUAUUUGAAUUAUAAUUAAAGUGUAAUUAUAUAAAUUGGUGUUCUUUACAUAUAGAAAUACAUUGGGCUGCAAAUUUUAUUAAUUUGCAAUGGUAUAUUGGCUACCAAAGAAACGUUUUAAAAAGAGUAUUGAAGAUAUGUCACAAAAGUAUUAAAAUAUUGGAAACUAUAAUAAACAUUUAAAAAUAAGAGAUAAAUUUUUUAAAUAUUUUAUAAAACUUCUGAGUUGUACUUGAUUUGAUCAAUUUUCAAAUUACAACUGUUAAAUAAUGUGCAAUAAUUAUUGUUUAAAUUGUAAAAAUGUACCCCAAACUUCUAUACAAUUAACAAGAUAUUUAUUUUGGAUGAUAAAAGUAUCAAUAUUUACAUAUUUUAUUAUAUUUGUGCUUUUGCCUAUCAUAUUCCACUACUCUUAUACCAUACAAAAGAAGAUUCUUUUUUUAAAUUUUGGCAAAUAUUACCUCAAUCUUUAUUAAAUGAUUCAACUAUUAUAACUGAUGAUGAUUAUGAAGCUGUGUUAAAAAAUACUAAACAACCAAUUUUUCUUUAUAUGCAUGGUAAUAGUGGUAACAGAGCAAGUAAUCAUCGUUUAGAAUUAUAUAAACUUUUUCAGAGUUUAGAUUAUCAUGUUGUAUGUUUUGAUUAUAGAGGCUAUGGUGAUAGUGAAGAAGCAGAACUGUCUGAAAUGGGUGUAGUUAGUGAUAGUAAAUCUGUACUUGAAUGGUUGUUAAAAAUAGUAAAUGGUACAGCCCCUGUUUUUGUAUGGGGACAUUCAUUAGGAACUGGAGUUUCUGUUCAUGUAUUGGCAUUAUUAGCAACAGAAAAAAUUCAGCCUGCAGGUUUAUUCCUGGAAUCACCAUUUAAUAAUAUAGCAGAUGAAUUAAGUGAACAUCCUUUAGCACAGAUAUUUAAACAUUUACCAUGGUUUCAUUGGGUAAUUGUUGAGCCAUUUUAUAAUAAUUACCUUCGUUUUGAAUCUGACAAACAUAUAAAAAAGAUUCAGUGCCCUAUUAUGAUAUUGCAUGCAAAAGAUGAUAAUAUUAUUCCAUUUGCACUAGGUGAAAAGUUGUUUGAAGCAGCAAUAAAUUAUCAUGGAAAUAAUACAAAUCAGAUUCAGAUGACAAGAAUUGAUGCAUCACAUGGUCUUGGACAUAAAUAUAUAUGUCGUUAUAAAGAUUUACCUAAUAUAAUUAAGUGAGUAUUGAUAAAUAAGACUAAUAUAAAACUAAUAUAUUAUAUAUACUUAUAUACUUAUAUAUAUAUAUAUAUAAAAUAAGACUAAUAUAUUAUAAAAUAUGAGACUUUUUAUUACUUCUUUUUUCAGAUCGUUUGUAUAUGAAGCACACAAAAAUCAAACUGAUUAAAUUAUAUAAAUUAUAUCAAUAAUUUCAGCAUAUAUAUCUUCACUCGAACAUUUUUUACAUUAAAUAUUAGUAGAUAAUUAAUAUAAAUAAUAUUUUUCAUGCUUUAAUAAUAUAUAAUAUUUUAUUUGAAAUGUAUAAAAUUUAUUUAUUGUACAAUUGCAUUUUCUUUUUUAAUCAAAUAAUUUUCACUUACUGUUUAUGUCCUGUAUAGUACAAAAUCAAUUAAACUUUAAAUUUAUUUAUAACAUAAAUAAAGAAAAUUUGUAUUUCUUAUACAUGGGAAGAUAUAGUGACAUCAAAGUUAAUGCUGUGAUAGUUGUUCAAAUGUCAUCAAUACAAUAUUAUCUUAUAUUUUUUGGUUAAUAUAAUAUUUAUAAAUCAAUGAAUGCUUAAUUUCAAUAUUACAUUACCUUUUAUGAUAUAAUAUAAUUAAACGUUCGUAUUUUAAUAUAAUAAUAAUAUUAUUAAUAAUUAAUGAUAUAAUUAAAUUGACGUACUUUAUGUAUUAAUUCCAUAAAUGAAAUUUCUGUAUCAAUAUAUUUUAUAUUCUCUACAUACAUAAAGAAAAAUGACAAAAUAUAAUAAUAAGAAUAUUAUUUUUGUUGUAAAUAUCUUUUUCAUAUAUAAUGAAUGAAAAUAUUAAAGAAUGAUUAUUUAGAAUGAAAAUAUUAAAAUAAUAUGUUUAUAAUUGUAUUUUAUAUUCAAUAAAAAUUAUAUAAAAAUAUUUGGAAAGUAUUUUUAUAUUCAGUAAAAAUAUUUAUAUUUUAUAUAUAAAAAAAUUAUAUUUGCUUUUAUAUAUAACUUAAAAUAUCGUUUUGUACAAUUCUUUUUAUUUGAACCUCACUUUUUAAAAUUAUAAAAUAACAAAAGAAUAUACAGGGUGUAAAAGAAAAAUGUGUGAAAAGAAGCAAAUCAUUAUAAAAGAAUAUGUAUAUAAAUUUGAAUUUGAAGAUUAAAAUUAUAUGUAUAUAUUUUUUUAAUAAAGCUGUACCGAUCAGAAUUAUAAAAUUAUCUUUAUAAUUAACUUUUUAGAAUGUAG